AUGUCGAGCGCCUCACGUCCGCAUCGCCAGGGAGACCGCACCCGUAGCGCGCUCAACAUCUACUACUGUCUGUGCGGCGAGUUUGCGCUCGUGUGCGACCGGCCGCUGUCCACGCUGCCCGUACGGCCGCUCGACCAGUCGCGCGUGCUGCGCUGCCUCGACUCGCCACCCUACUCGACCACGGGCGCGCCGCAGAAGGUGCGCCCCGCACGCGUGUGCAAGAUCAGCGCCCAGCAGGCUCCGUCCAAACUCAUCAGAAGGUCGGACGGGACACUCGAGAAGCAGUAUCCGUACGAGUGCGCCAGGUGCCACCUCCAGCUGGGGUACGAACACACUCCACCACCACUCAAGAGCGGAGGCAGGUUUACCUUCGUCCUCCCAGGUGCACUCACAGAUCGACAAGGCGUUGCACCACCAGACGCAUUCUUGGAAGAGCUGCUUUCAUCGAUGUUAGAUGCAUCGCACGACGCACAACCGCACAGCGCAAAACGAGGACAAAGAAUCGAUUAA